AUAUGUAUAUAUAGAUAGUAAAUUUAAUGAAGAGCAAAGUGGUUUGGUUGUGUAUAGGCAAAGAAAGCGACCCUGAAAGCACCAUCUUCUUGCACUUCUUUCACUCCAUAAUCAGAUCCGAUCAAAUCAAUCAUAGAGAGAGAGAGAGAGAGUGAUGGAUCAAUCGAAGGUAUUGAUGGUGGUGCUGUUUUUCAUGGUAAGUUUAAACAUCAAUGGAAGAGGAGGUGUUGCAGGUUAUAAGAACUACACUGUAGGAGACGAUCUGGGUUGGUUUGAUAAGCUUGAGAAGACGACUGUCAACUAUCAGAAAUGGGCUUCUUCAAAGACCUUCUCUCUUGGUGAUUUCCUCGUUUUCAACACCGACAAUAAUCAUACAGUCGUACAAACAUACAAUUCCACCAUCUACAACCUCUGUGAUGACAGCAAUGCUCUUGAUAACGACACUUUCCAAUACGCAUCACCAGACCCAUCGGCCUCCAUCGUCCACCCUGUCUCCGUCGCCGUCCCCCUCCUCAAAGUCGGACCCACCUAUUUCUUCUCAAGUGAUUACGAUGGCGAGCAGUGUGAGAAUGGCCAGCGGUUCAGCAUCAAUGUCACAUACGGUCAAGGUUUGCCACCAAGUUUGAGGACUCCGCCACCAGGAGCUCCAGGGCCGGUAGGCCAACAGUCCGGCGAUGAUACAGUGCCGGAGACAACGGUCCCAGCUAACUUUGAUCACCCGAAAGACAUUAGUGACGAUGGUGAUGAUGAGAGUGAGGAUGGGAAAAAGAAGAAAUCAAUGGCGACGAUUAUAGGAAGCUCGAGAUGGGUGUUUAGUUGGAGUUUGAUACUGGAAGAAAAAGACCAUGGCAGAUCUGGUGUUCUUGGUUACAAGAACCCAAGAACUCAUAUUUCGAUUUCAAAAGAAGAGGGCUGUGAAGAUGAAGGGGCUGUGAAGUUGAACACGAAAACCAUCAGAAACCCAUAUCUAGCACCAUUAGAAAUCCCAAAGCUCGAUUUCAGAUUUAAGUUCAUAUCUGAACACUUCUGGAGCUCUUUUUUUUGGGAAGAAGAUGAACAUGAUGAAGACGAACACCUUCCUGAAAUCGAUGAAUACACCAUGUUUGAAGGUUUUCAAGGGAAGCUUCGAGCAUCAGAUCUGGGUUGA